CUGUGGCGCGCCUUUGAGAACCCGCACACCUCCACCAUGGCGCUGGUCUUCUACUACGUCACCGGCUUCUUCAUCGCCGUGUCGGUCAUCGCCAACGUGGUGGAGACGGUGCCGUGCCGGCCGGCGGCGGGCGGCGUGCGCGACCUGCCCUGCGGGGAGAAGUACUCGCUGGCCUUCUUCUGCAUGGACACGGCCUGCGUGCUCAUCUUCACCUUCGAGUACCUGAUGCGGCUGUUCGCCGCGCCCAGCCGCUGCCGCUUCAUGCGCUCCGUCAUGUCCGUCAUCGACGUGGUGGCCAUCAUGCCCUACUACAUCGGGCUGGUGAUGCCGGAGAACGAGGACGUGAGCGGCGCCUUCGUCACGCUGCGCGUCUUCAGGGUCUUCCGCAUCUUCAAGUUCUCGCGGCACUCGCAGGGCCUGCGCAUCCUGGGCUACACGCUGAAGAGCUGCGCCUCCGAGCUGGGCUUCCUGCUCUUCUCCCUCACCAUGGCCAUCAUCAUCUUCGCCACCGUCAUGUUCUACGCCGAGAAGGGCACCAAGGGCUCCACCUUCACCUCCAUCCCCGCCUCCUUCUGGUACACCAUCGUCACCAUGACCACGCUGGGGAGAUUAGGGACAAAGGUCCAUCCAUCCAUCCAUCUAACAUCCAUCCAUCCAUCCAUCCAUUCAUCCAUCCAUUCAUCCAUCCAUCCAUCCAUCCAUCCAUCCAUCCAUCCAUCCAUCCAUCCAUCCAUCUAA